AUGUACAUAUAUCCACCACUAAUGUCAAACGUGGAAUUAAACGGUGAGCAAUACUUAGCUUUUAUUGAUACGGGUAGUGACACGUCACUCAUAAUGGAGUCGAAAGUUCCAGCCAAUGUUUUGAAAAAGACUUGCAUUAAGAAAUUAGAAGGUUUUGGGGGUGCAAUAGUUUAUAGCACAGCGGAUAUCGAUGUCGAAUUACAAAUAGAUAGCUGCAAAAUAAAUACGAAGUUGCAAGUAGUACCUGAUGAAUUUAUGCCAUACGAUGUGUUUAUUGGACGAGAUGUUUUAUGCCAGAAAGAUUGUACUUUAGUUAUUAAAUCGGGCAGCAUGCAAGUACAGAGGAAAAUCGCGGAAAAUUACAGCAUUGACAAAACAUUGAAUGUUGACGAGCUAAAAGAUGUAUGUAAGUUAUUGCAAAGUUUCGAUGAUUGUUUCGCAGAAGAUAUGGCAAAGCUUGGACGAUGUAAGACUACAUGUAUGGAAAUUCAGGUGAACACCGAGAAGCCAGUUGUAGGUAGACAAUAUCAAGUACCUUUUAUACAAAGACCAGUAUUGGCAACGAUUAUUGACGAAUUGUUAAAACAUAAGAUAAUCCGUCAAAGUUCAUCACCUUAUGCAGCUCCAGUUAUAAUUGUAAAGUAG